AUGUGUCCCAUGUGUAAAAAGGUUUUCAAGACAAGACCUGAGCUGCAGGUCAACACCUUCAUCUCUGAGAUGGUUGUUCAGUUCAGACAGUCAGCUCAACGGAAAACCAGCAGCUCCGAGCAACAAGAGUCCAAACCAGGAGAAGUUCCCUGUGACGUCUGCACUGGACCCAAACUGAAGGCCCUGAAGUCCUGCCUGGUGUGUCUGGCCUCCUACUGUGAGACUCACCUGGAGCCUCAUCUGACAAUGUCAGGCCUGAAAAGACAUCAGCUGAUCGACCCUGUGGAGAACCUGGAAGACAGGAUGUGUACGAAGCACGAUAAACCUCUGGAGCUGUUCUGUAAGACCGACCAGACAUUUGUCUGCACGCUCUGCACCGUUUUAGAUCAUAAGAUGCAUGAGUUUGUUCCUCUGAAAGAAGAAUAUGAAGAAAGGAAGGUCGAGCUGGAGGCUGAGAUUCAGCAGAUGAUCCAGGAGAGACAGUUAAAGAUUAAGAAGAUCAAGCAGUUGGUCAUCAUCAGCAACAAAAACGCAGACAUAGAGAAAGCAGAAGGCUUUCGGGUUUUCACAACUCUGAUGGAGUCUGUUGAGAGAGGCCUCUAUGAGCUCAUUGAGAGAAUUGAAGAGAAGCAGAGAACGACACAGAAACAGGCUGACAACUUUAUCAAAGAGCUGGAACAGGAAAUCUCUGAGCUGAAGAAGAAAAACAUGGAGGUGAAGCAGCUCCCACUCUCUGAAGACCACCUCCAUCUCCUCCAAAGCUUCCCAUCUGUGAAAGCAAUUCAUUCCACCAAGGACUGGACAAAAGUCGGAGUCUGUCCACGAUCAUAUGAUGGGACCGUAGCGAGAGCUGUGGCUCAGCUGAAAGAGACCUUCAGUGAAGUGAUGGAGAGGCUGCUUGAAGAAGAGCUAAAAUGGGUCCAGCAGUUUGCAGUGGAUGUGACUCUUGAUCCUGACACAGCUCAUCCUUAUCUCAUCCUGUCUGCUGAUGAAAAACAAGUGAAUCCUGGUAAAGCAAAGAAAAAUCUCCCAGACAACCCAGAGAGAUUUUCUCUCAAUCCCUGUGUUUUAGGAAAGCAGAGUUUCUCUGCAGGCAGAUUCUACUUUGAGGUUCAGGUUAAUGGAAAGACUGCGUGGGAUUUAGGAGUGGCCAGAGAGUCGAUCAACAGGAAGGGAGACAUCCCACUGAGUCCUGAGGAUGGCUACUGGGCUAUAUGGUUGAGGAAAAGAACCAAGUACAAAGCUUUGAAUGACCCUCCAGUCUCUCUCUUUUUUAAAUUGAAACCCAAGACAGUGGGGGUGUUUGUGGAUUAUGAGGAGGGUCUGGUCUCCUUCUAUGACGUAGAUGCUGCAGCUCUUAUCUACUCCUUCACUGGCUGCUCCUUCAAAGAGAAACUCUACCCAUACUUCAAUCCAGGUCUAAAUGAUGAUGAUAAAAACUCUGCCCCAAUGAUCAUCUCUCGUCAUUCACACUGA